AAACGAGUGGUAGUAAUAAUUCUAGAUAUAUUCUGGAAAAGUUGCAGACCCUCUAAUAUGUUUGGUUUUGUGGAGGGUUUUAAAUUAUGCAGGCGACAAAUAGCACAGAUCAAGAUAAAACUAAGCGACAUUUUCUUUUUCAGUGAAGAGUUAGAUAUCUGUCUUGAAUUUAACAAGGCAUUUAUUUCUAUAGUUUGAGGCAGGAUGCUGCUACUGUUGUACAUGCUCCUCCUCAGGGGAGCGUCCAGCUCAACUGUACCAUCAACGACGAUAAUUGUACCAUCAAUGACGUACCCUCCUGAGUUCAACACGUGCUCCAUGACUCCAGUAAACGUCCAGUUCCACUCUUUCAUUGCCGGUGAUGUGGUGUACAAGCGGCAAGUUGUGAGCGCUGAUGAUCAACUUUGCAUGUCGUCGAUAGCUGUGAAGCUCAACACCACCAAGUUCUCUGACUGCGCAAAGAUCGCGGCUUCUAAAGCGUUCAAUUCGUUUUACUUUGACGAUCAAAAUGAGUGUUGGGCUUCGAACUAUUGGGUGUCUGAGGCAACAGUGGCGUGCUCAGGCCAGGGUGUGGUCGUCUACUUCUCGGAUGUCAGGCUGUCUAAUUUCACCUUGCCUACUCCUACAAUCACGACGUUCACUGUCACUGACCCGAAACUUGGAGAAUCGUUCACCGUCAACUACGUUGCCCCAUGCUCGAAGUUCUUCAACUUCACUCUCAAUUAUGGAAGCGAAAACCUUGGGAUUGUGAUGUCUGGCCAAGUUAUUUCAUACAAUGUACCUCCCUGCACAACAAUGACUUUCACCCUAACACCUUCCUUUGGAGAGACAUCAGGGGCGCCUGUGAACGCAGAUUGCAUCACACCUGAUAUUCCAGACGUGGACAAUCUCAGCAUCGACACCUUUGUUUUCACCACGUCCUUCGUGGUGCACUUCACACCUACAUGUCCGGGAGUUUUCACCUACAACUUGUUGAAGGACGGUUCUUCCGUCCAACCUGAUGUGCAACCAGACGCAUCGGUAUCGUUCGCCGUGCAGCCAUGCACCACGUACUCCACCUUCACUCUGCAACCUGUGAACCCGAACGGGACAGAUGCCGGACCUGCAAUUUCUGUUCCUACCGUGACAACUCCUAAAUUGUUGGUAUUGAAUGCUGCCACGGUUGUCAAUGUAACGAUGGCCGAAGGACUCAAAAUACAUGUGGACAUGUACGAUCCUUGCUCACUUGUUAGCGGCAUCGAGGUCCGCACGCCCAGCUCAUCCGCAACACCCAUCAUCCAUCAUCCUUCGUCCCUUGACAUCGUCGUCAGCUGUUCACAGACGAACGACUUCAGUUCGUUCACAGUCACUCUUCUGACAACCGAACCAUACACUCCGGUGCAAACCAAGACCGUCUCCAACGUCAAUAAUCUCUUAGAUGGCAUGACCAUCACCCCAUUUCCGGCUGUGGGCAAGUGCUACGCAUAUGAAGGAACGGAUGUCACUCAAGCCGCGGCCAAAGCCAAAUGUGAGAGCAACUGCUUGAGACUGAUCAACUCUCGGGAAAUGUACUUGCUCUACCGCAACAUUCCGGCGUCUAAUUCCUAUUGGAUUGGUGUGAAAUAUACCAGUUCUUGGACCUGGGACUGGCCGAGUAGCUCGUGCACGCCAGCCCAAAAUGUGCCCGCUGUCCCCCCUGUCUGGCAGGCGACGUACCCUACUUCCGUUUCCCAGCCCAACAACCCGUGCGCUUACCACAAUCCUAACACUGCAAGCUUCGGACUGAAGAAUGUUCCCUGCACGUCUGUAGUGGCGGGAACAGUGUGCAUUAUAUAAAAUUAUUGGGAUGCCGGCCACAAAGCUCGCAAUUGCUCAUUGGGAAAAUAGGAAAUUCCGGCUAAUUUAGAGCAUAUUGAAAUUUAGCCGAUCUACCGGAACGUAGCAGGAACGUUUGUAUGCUUUCAACCCUUUCUUAGAAAAUGAAUGAAAAUAUCCGUCUAAAUAUUGGAAUCUGUUGUCAUUCAAAACGCAGUGACAAUAUCCGCUCUAUGCCUUCUUAGUUAAACUUUAGAAAUUGUUUCUACAAACAACACCUAAUAACUACAUAUUAUUCACUUCUUCUCCACGUGAAUGCCAAGUCUGAACAAUUUGCGGAAUUAUCUUCUACCCACCAACACAGUUUCAGUAGCGAAAUUAUAAUUGAAGUGGCCGAGUCUUAA